AUGUGUGGCGGGGUAAAGGGAAGACCAGCAUUUGGUUUCCAAUAUUGGAACAACCCCGGAGCUUUCAACAAUGGCUUCAGGGGGGUUGCCCUGACAUUUGUCUUUGCUUCCACAUUUUAUGCCGGUACAGAGGCCAUUGCUGUUGCGGCUGCCGAAACUAAAAAUCCUUCGAGGGCAAUCCCAAAAGCGAUAAGACAAACAUUCUGGAGAAUUAUAUUGGUGUACAUGGGUAUUGCUAUUAGUUACGGAGUCACGGUUCCUUAUAACGAUCCAUCAUUGAACAGCGGAACAAAAACGUUGAAAUCGCCAAUGACGAUUGCAAUAACCAGAGCAGGUUGGGAUCAGGCGGCACAUCUUGUCAAUGCCUUUAUUCUUCUUUCGUGCAUUUCUGCAAUCAAUAGCUCCAUUUACAUUGGGUCACGCACUAUCGUUAACUUAGCAGGAGAAGGAGCAGCCCCAAAGUUCUUGUCAAAGGUCAACAAAAUGGGAGUUCCUUAUAAUGCGGUUAUAUUGAUGAACUUGUUCGGUUUGAUAUCAUUGAUGAACAUCAAUACUGGUGCUGCGAAGGCAUACGGCUACAUUGUGAAUUUACUGGGUGUGGCUGUAUUUGUUGUAUGGGGCGCUGUGUGUUACCUCCACAUUAGGUUUCGCAAAGCUUGGAAGUUACAAGGACGUACCACGGAUGAGCUUCCUUUCAAAGCAUUAUGGUUCCCAUGGCUAGCAUGGGCAGGACUACUUGCAAACAUUUUUUUGGGUUUGAUUCAAGGCUGGUCGUACUUCAAACCUUUCGAUGCCGCCAACUUUGUUGAUGCUUACAUUUUACUCCCCUUCUUCAUCAUCUUGUUCGUUUUUUUGAAGAUUGUCAACAAGACCUCUUUCAUCAAGUUGGAAGAGAUAGAUCUUGACGACGGAAGAAGGAAGGAUUUAGAGUGA